GUAGGGCUAUACAAUAUUUAAAGACGAGUGAAUACCGCAAAAGCACAGUGGGAGCGAGGGCAUUCAGGCUCUCACAUGCGGGCUGGAGCAUCUCUGUUGUAGCGUCCAGCAGUGAAGAGAAGGGCGGCCGACAGGGAGGGGUCCGCUGGCUGGUCCUGGAUGAAGCCCGGGUCUGGACAGGCAGAUAUGGCCGCGGGAGAUCCUUCUGCGAAGGCGGCUGCUCGAAACUUGGCUGUGGAGAGAAGAAACCUAAUUACAGUGUGCAGGUUUUCUGUUAAGACACUACUGGAAAAGUACACCACAGAGCCCAUUGAUGAUUCAUCAGAAGAAUUUAUGAACUUUGCAGCCAUACUUGAACAUAUCCUUAGUCACAAAUUCAAAGGGUCUGGAAGCUGGUUUGAUGGCCAACGGAGUUUUUGGGACUUGAUACGGCUGGCUUGUUCUAAAGUUCCAAACAGCUGCAUCAACAGCAUUGAGAAUAUGGAAAACAUAAACACCUCAAGAGCAAAGGGUCGUGCCUGGAUACGAGUAGCACUGAUGGAGAAAAGGCUGUCUGAAUACAUAGCUACUGCCUUGAGGGACAGUAAAACUACUAGGAAGUUUUAUGGAGAAGGUGCCAUCAUGUUGAGAGAGGAAUCCAGUGUGCUAACAGGCAUGCUUAUAGGACUCGGAGCCAUUGAUUUUAGGUGAGAGUCACACAAAUUUUUUCUCAAAGGGGAGGCGUUGGAUGGAAAAUCACCUGCUGUUAUUGACUAUACUCCUUACUUAAAAUUUACACAAAGUUACGAGUAUCUCAGUGAUGAAGAUGAUCGAAGGAGUGUUGACAGCAGCACUAGUGAUGACAGUAUUCCUGAACACCCCUAUAUUCCACUGGUCACCGAUGAUGAGAGCUGGAGCAACAAGUGUCGCAAGAUGGAGCAAAGAUUCAAGAUUGUCAAUGCCCAGAAGGGGUAUCUGGAGGAACUGGUUCGUUUGCGUGAAUCUCAGCUCAAAAACACUGAGACUGAAAACAAGAAACUCCGGUCCAGACUCGAGGAGCUUCAGACCCAAACACUGAAAGAGAAACAAGAACUGGAGGCUGUCAUUUUAGAGUUGCAGGAACAGAUGACUAGCCUGAUUCCAUGUGACCCAAGCCACCUGGUAAAGAAUAUUUCUAUUCCUUUGAUCAACCAAUGGCCCUCACUGCAGUCAUACAACAGCCAAGAAGAUGUUCAGAUGUUUCGCAGGCGGAGCUUCCCGAGUACAGAGCUAUUAUCAGUGGAGAUCAGUCUGGAUUCAGACUCUCAGAGGAUCGAAGGGAAACAGAAUAGACCCUGGUGUACCACUGAAAAGGACUACACACCUUCAAUGAUGGGCCUGUGUGGCUCUUUGGCCUCCCUUCCCAGCUGCAAGUCUAUGGCUAGCCUCAAAUCCAGUGAGUGCCUGGUCCAUAUCAGCACCGACAACAGUCCUGCUCCCUCACCCAGCUAGGAGGCGCCAAAGAUACUGCCAACUCCUUGUGACUGUUCAACAGGAAGAUACAAUAAAAAAAUAAAUAAAUAAAAAAAAAAAGACUGCUUUUGGUAAGCAGAUGUGUUGUCCAUAUACAUGUCCCUUUACUUUGAGCUUUGCCAAAUCCGUAAAGUACAAAUUAUUAUAAUUCUGAAGUGUCUGCUUGGGACUGUAAUGGAUGAAUGUUUGAUAUAAUUCUUAAACGUCAUUGUUUAGCAUUAACUGUAGGCCCUGCCCAUUGUUGUGUGUGUUAUCAACCAUUCUCCUUCUGUCUGUUGCAUAACACUGUCAGAGCUGGUGCUGAACUGUCAGUACCUUCAAAGGACAAACAAGGUCUUUUGUUUUAUUAUUUAUGUAUGUAUUUAUUUAUUUAUUUAUUUGAGAAAUCAAAGUGUUAUUAUUACACAUUGAAAACUUAGAUGCCGGUUUUAGAAUAGGCCUUGAAAAGACACUUUUAUCUGAAUAUAAAAAUAUGUAUUACAUCAAAAAUACAAAGUGCUUUGUUACUAUGCAAAAUGAAUGUUUUCUUUUUCAAAUCUAUUUGCUUUAGGCAAAUAUAAGAUAGAACUAUUGAAACUGCCUAGGGAUUUCUUUUUUCACUUUUCUAUUAAAAGAAAUCUCAUUAUGUUGACGCUGGGAGGUUGUGUUGAAACUGCAAUAAAACUGCCUUUUUUGAAUAAUACACA